AAUUCAUCUGUUUCUUGCCCGCCUUACCGUUGAAGUGCCAUCCAUGGUCGACGCGUUGGUCAAUAGUAGAAACUCGCUAAUUAAAAGAAGAUGGUGUUGACCAAAUACACGUUUCUGUGUCCCGGCGUUUUUAAAAUGAUAUCAUAACCCAUUCGAUCGAGUCAUUAGUUGACUAGAAUGGCUCGUCAGUGGAUGGUGGUCAUCAAACGACAUGGGGGGGUGCUUUUGGCCUUGGCAAGCGCUUUGUUAAUGAGUGUAUAUUCAGAAAUCUUCCAAUUGGUCAAGCAUCGCAUCCAGCGGUCCACGGUCCUGAUCCUUCGGGGAUCCAUCCAAUUCGUGUUGCUUAUUGUGGUGGCCCUGGCAUGGCGGACUCCGUUCCGAGCGCGAACUUUGAUGGACUCAACACCCACGAAGAUGAUCCUGGCUUUGAUGGUGGUGGUCGGAUCUGGUGGCCUUCGUCUGUUCUUCCUCUUCCUAGGUCUUCAGUGUAUUCCUGCAGCAACCGUUCUAACUAUUUUGAAUGGAUCUCCGGCGUUGGUUCUUAUCAUCUCCCAUCUGGCCUUGAAAGACCAGGACCAGAUCACACCUCGGAAGGUCCUCUGCGCUAUAGUCCUGAUUAUUGGUGUAGCCUUGAAUUUUCAAAUCUACGAGUGGCACCAGAAUUUUAGUAAGACGAGCUUGAUUGGCGUCUCGGCCAGUGUGACUGCUUUGGUGUUUUCCUCCCUGGGAUCCGUCUACACCAAGGUGGCAGGAAGAGCCUACGACAAGAAGCAUCUCUCUGCUUACAUUGGAUUAUCAGUCAUGGUCGUUGGCGUGUUUUCCACAGUGGUGGAUCCCCUCAUCGUCCAAUGGGCCGCCAAUGACAAUGAGACGUCCCAAUUAGCAGACAACAUUCCCUUUCUCCCGAAUGACAUUGGAGUGAUCGCAAUCACUCUCCUCGUCGCUGUUCUUGGGAGUCUUCAACAGUUUUGCAACAUUGCUGCGUUGCAAUUGGAAGCCCCAUCCAAGGUGUCCAUGGUUCGAGCCCUGAACAUUCCUCUUUCGUUUGCUCUGGAUUUGGGGUUGAUGGGAGUACCGGUGAAUGGAAUCCAGAUCUUUGGUGCUAUCCUCGUGUUUUUGGCUAUUAUUGCGUCCAAUUUGAACAGCAACAUAUGUCAGCGGAAUAUUGCCAGUCAAGCUCAUGAGGUUUCCUCACUAUCCUCCUCGAAUUUGGAAGACAAAGAACAUAUGAACGAUGGUUUAAUUCCAAACAGAAAUGAAGCCCCAAACAGUUCCGAUUUUAGAUCCAACCUCAAGAUCGUGAGUGCCAAUUGAAAAAAAUCGUUGUAAUAGCAAUCUGUAUUAUUGCUAGCUAUAAAGUUCAUCAUAUUGAAAUAAUUGGACUGAUAACCAAUAGAAAGUGAAUGUUUC